CUCCCGCGCGCUACGGGGCCUGCCCCCGCCGCCAUCUUGGUCGAGGAGGGAGCGGGCCGCACGCGUGAGUAAACAGCCCGAACCGGGAAAAUCGAGCUGUGGUCGCGUCCGGGUGCUGCAGGACAGCGGCGGAGACGACGCAGGCCUAUCCUCGGUGGCCGACAUGACGGCCGCGGACCAGAGCCCCCUGGCGCCGCUGUUGGAGACUUUGGAAGACCCUUCCGCCUCCGUUGGAGAGCAGACGGACGCUUACCUGACCCUGACCAGUCGUAUGACUGGAGAAGAUGGAAAAGAAAUCAUUGCAGAAAUUGAGAAAAAACUUCCUCAGCUAUUUAAAGUUUUAGAGACUCACAUUGCCAGUCAAAACUCAGAGCUCAGUAGUGCUGCUCUACAGGCCUUGGGGUUUUGCUUAUAUAAUCCCAAAAUUGCCUCUGGAUUAUCAGAGAUAGAUAUUCAAGAACUGCUUUCAAAACUGAAUGAUAUUGUUAAAAGUUCAGAUAAAAAUGUACGUACUAGGGCACUUUGGGUGAUAUCCAAGCAGACAUUUCCCACUGAAGUUGUUGGCAAAGUAGUAUCUAGUAUAAUUGACUCAUUAGAAAUAGUAUUUAAUAGAGGAGAGAUGCAUUCUGCUGUUGUGGAUUAUGAAGCAUUAAAUGUCAUCAUAAGACUAAUUGAACAAGCCCCAGUUCAAAUGGGAGAAGAGUCAGUUAGGUGGGCAAAAUUGGUCAUACCUUUAGUGGUUCAUUCAGCCCAAAAAGUACAUUUGCGGGGAGCCAGUGCUUUAGAGAUGGGAAUGCCUUUGUUGCUUCAGAAACAACAAGAAAUAGCAUCUAUCACAGAGCAGCUUAUGACUACCAAAUUACUUUCAGAACUCCAGAAACUAUUUAUGAGUAAAAAUGAGACUUACGUGUUAAAAUUAUGGCCUUUAUUUGUCAAACUUCUUGGGAAGACCUUGCAUCGAAGUGGGAGUUUCAUCAAUUCUCUAUUACAGCUGGAAGAACUGGGAUUUCGUAGUGGAGCACCCAUGAUUAAAAAAAUAGCUUUUAUUGCUUGGAAGAGUUUAAUAGAUAAUUUUGCUUUAAAUCCAGAAAUACUGUGUAGUGCAAAAAGACUGAAGUUGUUGAUGCAACCUUUGAGUUCUAUUCAUGUGAGAACAGAAACUCUAGCGCUGACAAAACUAGAAGUCUGGUGGUAUUUGUUGAUGAGACUAGGACCUCAUCUUCCUGCUAAUUUUGAACAGGUUUGUGUGCCUCUGAUUCAAAGCACAAUAAGCAUUGAUUCUAAUGUUUCACCUCAGGGGAGUUCAUCUCGUGUAGCUACUACUCCAGGUUUAAACCCUAUGACCCCAGUACACAAAGGUGCUUCUCCAUAUGGAACUCCCGUAACCCCUCGGAUGAACUUGAAUUCAAAUUUUGGAAUGGCCACAAUCCCCUCUAUACAACUUUUGGGGCUUGAAAUGUUGCUUCAUUUUUUGUUGGGUCCAGAAGUUGUGAGUUUUGCUAAGCAAAACAAACUUAUACUGAGCCUAGAGCCACUUGAACAUCCAUUAAUCAGCAGCUCUUCUUUUUUUUCCAAACACUCAAAUACACUUAUCACUGCUGUUCAUGAUAGCUUUGUUGCAGUUGGAAAAGAUGCUUCUGAUGUAGUUAUCAAUGCUAUUUGGAAGGAGUUAAUUAGCUUGGUGAAGUCAGUUAUUGAAUCAGGUAACAAAAAAGAGAGACCAGGUUCUGAAGUUUUGACCCUUUUAUUAAAAUCUUUGGAAAGCAUAGUGAAUUCAGAAGUAUUUCCUGUAUUGAAAACACUGGUUCUCAUGGAAAUUACAAUUAAAGGACUUCCUCAGAAAGUAUUAGGUUCUCCAGCAUAUCAGGUUGCUAAUAUGGAUAUUCUUAAUGGAACCCCUGCUUUGUUCUUAAUUCAGUUAAUUUUCAAUAAUAAUCUAUUGGAAUGUGGUGUGGAAGAUGAAAGGUUUUUUCUCAACCUGGAAACACUUGUUGGCUGUGUUCUUUCUGGUCCAACCUCACCACUAGCUUUCAGUGACUCUGUCUUAAAUGUUAUUAAUCAAAAUGCAAAGCAGCUGGACAACAAGGAGCAUCUCUGGAGAAUGUGGAGUAUUAUAGUCACCCCAUUAACAGAAUUGAUUAAUCAGACCAAUGAAGUGAAUCAAGGUGAUGCCUUAGAACAUAAUUUCAGUGCUAUCUAUGGUGCACUGAUUUUGCCAAUAAACCAUAUUUUUCCAGCACAAAAAAUUCCAGUGGUCACCAUGAAGACCUUACUUAAAACUUGGUCAGAAUUAUAUAGAGCAUUUGCUCGCUGUGCAGCUUUGGUGGCAACUGCAGAAGAGAAUUUAUGCUGUGAGGAACUUUCUUCCAAGAUAAUGUCCAGUUUGGAAGAUGAAGGCCUUUCAAAUUUACUGUUCUUGGAUAGGAUCACUCAUAUUAUUACUGUAAUGGUUGAUUGUAUUGACUUUUCACCAUAUAAUAUUAAAUAUCAACCCAAAACUAAAUCACCACAGAGACCUUCAGAUUGGUCCAAAAAGAAGAAGGAACCUUUAGGGAAGCUGGCUUCUUUAUUUAAACUUAUUGUGAGAGUGAUCUAUUCUUUUCACACACUGAGCCUCAAGGAAGUACAUUCUGAUACCCUCCUCACUAUUGGCAACUCGAUCACCAGCAUUCUUUCCAGUGUACUUGGACGUAUUUCUCUGCCUUCUAUGAUCCGGAAAAUAUUUGCAGCUUUAACAAGACCUCUGGCAUUAUUUUAUGAAAACUCAAAGUUUGAUGAAGUUCCUAAAGUGUAUAGUUGUAUGAACAACAAGUUAGAAAAGCUACUAGGAGAAAUUAUUGCUUGUCUACAUGUCAGCUACACUGGAACUUAUGACAAUGAACUUCUUGAACAGAUCUCGCCAUUAUUAUGCAUAAUAUUUUCACACAAGAAUAAACAGAUAAGAAAACAAAGUGCUCAGUUCUGGAAUGCCACAUUUGCUAAAGUGACGAUGUUGAUUUAUCCUGAGGAGUUAAAGCCAAUACUAAAACAAGCCAAACAAAAAUCUCUGCUUUUAUUGCCUGGUUUGGAAAAUGUUGAAAUUAUGGAGGAAUCCAGUGGACUAUAUUCAGAUACAACAGAAAAUUCACAAUUAAAUAUGAAGAUAAGUGGCAUGGAAAGAAAAUCAAGUGGAAAAAGAGAUUCUUUUUUGGCGGCACAAACAAAGGAUACAAAAGACAGUGUGAAACCACCAGCUAAAUUGAAACUAGAGUCUUCAACUCCAAAGAGUGAAAUGCCUUUGGAAGAAGAAAAGUCUACUGACUUUGUGUUUAUACCUCCAGAAGGAAAAGAAACAAAGGAAAGAAUACUAACUGAACACCAGAAAGAAGUACUCAAAACAAAGAGGUGUGAUAUUCCUGCCAUGUAUAAUAAUCUGGAUGUUUCACAAGAUACUUUAUUUUCUCAGUAUAGUCAGGAAGAAUCUACGGAAAUUUCUACUUCAAUUGAAAAAUCAAAAGACUCCAAGAUGAUAUUUAAGGAGGAACAAAAGGAGAAUGACGUUGUCGUUCCUCAACAUGUCAUGGAAAACUGCGGUAUGGAUGAACAUCUUGAAAAGGCUUCCCUUUUGAAUAAUGAGUGUGGUUCUAUUGAGGAAACCAGUCCAAAAAUACUGAGCAGUAAUAAUGAUACCAGAAAGAAAGCUUUAAUUGCUUCAAAGAAACCAACUGAAUAUGCAUCUACUACAGAAAAUCCAUUUGGUGUCAGCAGUAGUUCGGUUUCUAGUGCCACCAUUUCUGGAGCUCCCUUACAGCCUACAAGUCGAAGGCAAUCCUUUAUUACUUUGGAAAAGUUUGAUGGUUCAGAAAAUAGACCUUUUAGUCCCUCACCCUUGAAUAACAUGUCAUCAACUGUAAUAGUGAAAAAUAACCCGGAAGGCAUGGCUAAAACAGAUAAUCCAUCAAAAGCAAACAAAAGAGAAGUGGCUCUUUCCAAAUCUGACUCUGAAAAAAUAAUGCAUGGGACUAAGAGAUCAAGCCGAAGGUCAAGUAAACUUGAACCAAUAGGGAGUAAAAAGUCUAAACCCUUAAUGAGAUCUGAACAAGAGAAAAGUACUGGAGAAUCUGUUGAUGGCAUGAUAGCCUUAGAUAAUAGCCCACCUGGCUUGCUUAAUCAGACAGAAUGUGUGUUAGAUAAUCAGGUUCAUCUCUCUGAAUCUACAAUGGAGUAUGAGGAUACAAUGCUUAAAUCAACAGUGGAGAAUACUGUAUUAUUAGAAAACAAUACUGUAGAAGAGAGAACCUUAGAAAUUAACUUGGAAUCCAAAGAAAAUACACCCCCAGCCAUAAUAACAGAUCAGACAGUAAAUGAGGAUAGUCAUAUUCAGGUAACUCCAAAUCAGAAAACCCUUAGGCGAUCUUUAAGGCGCCGUUCAGAAACAGUAGAACCAACCACUGAUAGCCAAGAUAAAGAAAAUAAUCAUCAAAAAAGGGAAAGACGUAAAGAAGAAGAAAAGACUCCACAGAAGAGUCCAUUACAUGAAAAAGAUGAUGUUUUACCUAAGCAAAAAUUGAUUUCUGAACAAUGUGUACAGGAAAACUUAGUUGACAAAGGAAAUAAUAUACAUGAGAAGGCUUUUGGGGAGACCAGUGCUAAUGCUGAAAUUGAUGAAAAUAGAAGAAAGCCAGAUCUUGAGAAUACUAAAUCUGAGGGAGAUGGUGUGCAGGACAUUGCAGAUAAAUCCUCCGAGAAACCAGUAAGGGGACGAACACGAUAUCAAACGAGAAGAGCAUCCCAGGGUUUACUUUCCAGCAUUGAAAACUCAGAAUCUGAUAGUUCUGAGGCAAAAGAAGAAGGUUCUAAAAAGAAAAGAUCUGGAAAAGGGAAGAACAAAAGCAGCGACAGUGUUGACAUUGAAGAUCAAGAAGAGAAAAUGGUAAAUCAGGAAUGUAUGAAAGUUGAAAAUCAGGCACAUGAUUACAAAGAGAAUUCUGAAGUAGACAAAGAUAUAGAAUCUCAAGUCUGUGAAAAAAGAGAUGAAAGUAAUACUGUAACUCUUCAAGAUUCUAUAGUAUCUCCAGAUUUAUUACAAGUUUCUGAUGAUGUAUUGAAUACUUCUGAGGGAAAAAGUAAAACUAACAAAGAUGCAGAACAUUCCUUUGCAAAUCCUUCUGUACCAGAAUCAUAUCUAAGGACUAGAAAUGCCAAUAAGAGGUUACAUAAGCGAGAUUCUAUGGAAAAUAGCGUGGGGGAAUCCUCAAAAAUAGGGACACCAGACAUUUCUUUGCUUUCUGAAAAAACUCUUCAGACAGUAGAAUGCCAACACAAGAGAAGUAGAAGGGUGAGGCGAUCUAAAGGUUGUGAUUGUUGUGGAGAAAAAUCACAGCCUCAGGAAAAGUCAUUUAUUGGGUUAAAAAAUACAGAAAAUUACGAUGUAAAAGUCAAUGAAACAAAAAAGACAGAUAUGGAAACACCUGUAUCUAUUUCAGAAACUUCAAAAGCUGAUCUGGACUCAGAGGUAAAACUUUUAGAUGAGCAUCACAGUGUGAAUUUUCAUUUGGAUCUCAAGGAAGAGAAUGAUACUACUAAUGACUCAUUAAUUGUAUCUGAAACUGAGUUGAAAGAAAAUACUACUCAAAGCUUUCUUCCUUCUGAAAUGGUAAAAUUUAAAGAAACUUCUGGUAGGGAUUCUGAGGAAGCAAUAUUUCUAGAAAGCCAGGAGCCAUCUAAUAAGAAAUGUAAAACUGUUGACCCACAUUUAGAUGUUUCCAAAGAUAUUUCACUGGAAUGUUUUACUUUGGAGACCAAAGAAGAAAAGUCAGAGGCCACCCCAAAAGAGAAAUUGAAUACAGAGAACACUGUUAAUGUUGAAUCAAAUGCAGAAUCAAAUCCAGAAGUAGAUGCUGUGGAAUUGAAUGUAGAAAAUGAUCAGUCUGAAGCUGGCUUCUCUGAACAAAACAGUGUCAAAACUGGUAUUUCAGAAAAAGAAGUAACAGAGGAAAACAGUGAAAGAAUGGAUUCACCUGAAAAACUGAAAGCCGGUGAAGCAGUAACUGAGGAAUUUAAUUCAGCUACUGAUUAUUCUGAUAAUCCGACACCUGUAAAAGUGAGUGCUCAGGUAGAGAUCUCUGAACAAGUAGCAGUUGGGGAGCUAGGCAGAGGAAGUGAUGAAUCUGAUCCAGGCUCAUUUGAAGAAAUGAACGCUGAAAUAAAAAAUUGUGAAAAAACAGUGGUUGGUGAGGUGACUACUGAAUCUGACCAUGUCUCUGAAACAGAAGAUGAAGAUUUAACUACCAAAGCUGCUCUGCCUAUAGAAGCUGAAACAAAGGAGUUAGAUGUAGAAGUUGAUAGCUUUGUUCCCGACACACUUGAGAUGAUCACUGAAGAAGGAAAGGUUGACCUUAAUAAAACUGAAACGAAUACUGAACCUAAUAAAUUGGAGGAAACACAACUAGAUGACAAUCAAAUGGUAGUGGAAAGUAAUGAAACUUUACCGGAAGUUCACCAUACUUCAGAGAAAGUAGAGGAGAUACCACAACCUCUGACAUCUGAAACAGGUGUUUCUGAACUGAUAUCAGAAGACAGUAACACAUCUCCUCAAAAACUAAAGGAUAUUGAUCCUCUAUUCAUGUCAGCAAAUGAGAGUCCUAGUGGCUUGCACACACGUUGUGUCUGGUCUCCUUUGGCUUCUCCAUCCACCAGCAUUUUAAAGAGAGGACUAAAAAGACCCCAAGAAGAUGAAAUCUCGUCACCUGUUCACAAGGUUCGCCGUGUCUCCUUUGCAGAUCCUAUAUACCAAGCAGGAUUGGCAGAUGACAUUGAUAGGCGAUGCCCUAUUGUUAGGUGCCAUUCUUCAAAUAGUUCUUUCAUGGUAAAAAGUGUUAAAACUUCACCUACUGUGCAAUCUAAGCAUAAUACCACUUCAGCCAAAGGAUUUCUGUCCCCAGGAUCACGUAGCUCUAAAUUUAAGAGCUCAAAGAAGUGUUUAAUUGCAGAAAUGUCUAAGGAAUCUGUGCCAUGCCCAACAGAAAGUGUUUACCCUGCUUUGGUGAACUGUGUAGCACCAGUUGACAUCAUUUUACCUCAGAUUACAUCCAACAUGUGGGCAAGAGGACUGGGACAGCUCAUUAGAGCCAAGAAUAUAAAAACAAUUGGCGAUUUGAGUACCCUUACAGCAUCUGAAAUAAAAACUCUUCCUAUCCGUUCUCCAAAAGUGUCUAACGUGAAAAAGGCUCUCAGAAUAUAUCAUGAGCAACAGGUGAAGUCUCGUGGACUAGAAGAGAUUCCAGUUUUUGAUAUUUCUGAAAAAACAAUAAAUGGAAUGGAAAAUAAAUCUAUCUCUCCUGAUGAAGAAAGACUUGCCUCAGAUUUAAUUGAUCCUGUUACUUUAGAAGCUCCGUUAUCUAAAAAUCUUGUUGCACAGAUUAGUGCACUUGCUCUUCAACUAGAUUCAGAAGAUCUCCAUAAUUAUUCAGGGAGCCAGCUGUUUGAAAUGCAUGAGAAACUUGGUAGCAUGGCAAACUGUAUAAUUAAAAAUCUGCAGUCACGUUGGAGGUCACCAGCCCAUGAAAAUUCUUUUUAGUGUUUUAAGAGAAAAUUGAAAUUUUAAAAAUCACUGGAUUUGUUGACUCAUAAAGUAAGUUCUGAAAUAUAGCACAAGUUUGGACUGAAUGUUUGCAAAGUUGGUAACUUCAAAUGCUAAAGAGCAAUAGCUUAUUAAGUCAGUUAAAUUUUGUUGAGUGAGAGCAAUCUUUCCUAUAUAACAUAUUUUCUUGGCUGCUCUGCAUAGUUUUUCCAGAACUUAAAGUAGUUUACUGAAAUGUGAAAGAAGAAACUACAAGCAAAAGCAUAAAUUUUGUUUUACGUACUCAUGCAUAUUUUAAUGAAACAUUUUAUGUAAUAUACUUGUUCUAAGAAAAACUGAAAAUUUUUAUUUGAAGUUUUUGCUUAACUGAUGUUUAUACUUUCUUUUCUUUUCUUUUUUUUUAAUUUGUUUGUUGUGCUUGAGGUUUAAGAAAUUUGUUCUUGGUAAAACACCUCAAAUGAGAGGCAAAAGAAUUUUUUGGAAUGUUUUUCACAGACGUCAGCUUCAUUUGGACAGCUUUCAAGAAAAAUAAUCAAAAGUUUCAACUUUGGGAGUUAAAUAGUAAAGCAGAAUUUAGUGAUUCCAUUAAUUUGCAUUAGCAAAUACUUGUGCAGCAGCAUUUGCCUGUGAAAAUAUACUCUUAUGAGAUAUAUACUAUUCAUUUAAAAAUGCACGACUGUUUGUACAUUAUGUAUAGAUUAAGUCUUUAAUUUAUAAAUUUCAGUCUUUGUUAGUUGCAUGAGUGUUUCUGUAGCCUCUUGUGAAUACCUUUGUUUAAUAGAAACAUAAUUUUGUAUAUAUUGAAUACUGAGAUAUCAGUAUGGAUAAUAGAAGUGCUUCGUGGGAUUGCUGCAGAUAUUUGUAGGAUUCUGUAUCUACAAAUAAAACAACAAAUAGUUUUGUACUUAGUUAAUAGUUAAACAUGAGUUUAUUUUCUAAAUAAGCAGAACAAGUACUAGAAAUGAGAAAGUGUUACAUGACAACCUUGCUAUUCAUUCCCAUAACCUUUUUUUUUUUCCUUUUGGUUUGAAAGAGGGGAUCAGCCACUAGAAAUAGUGCCUCAUUACAUUUCUUUUCAAUGGGGAGUUAGCUUGAGUAUUUUCAUUAUAACUUGGAUCAUAAGAAGCCUAGAGCUUAUCUGCUCUUUCCACCUAUACCUAAAGCAAACUUGGGAGAAAUCUGAAAACUGUUCAAAAUAUGUAAAAUGUUUUAUUGAGUUUAAAAAGGGUGUAUGUAAUUAAAACAUUUCUAAUUUUACCAACUGGUAUUAGUGCCUGCCUUUCCCAUAUUUGUUACAUCUUUUUAACAAAUAUCUCACUUGUAUUUUCUAAAUAGAACGAGUAAUCUCAGUUUUAGGCUUAAUUCAGAAGUCACCCCUACUUGAAAAGGCACAUAUUCUUUAGCAGCUUACGGAAAGUUUAAUCCUUGUGUCUUGGUUAGCUUUAUAUCCAGAAGGGGACUGCCACCCAGUCACGAUAAAAGUUGGUUUCUUUUUCAUAAUCUGUUAUCAUUACAUUGUAAAUAUAUUGGGGUCUAAGUUUGAUAUUUAUAUGCUGAGGAUGGAUGGUUUUAAAAGAAAAUCUGGGACCAUUGAACCUGAAGGACUGUGGCUUGAAUUUAAACACUUAUAAUUUUGGUUUAAUUUGUUUGUCAUUUAUUCCCCAAGUACUAUUUGAGUAAAUAGGCACGUUUUGAUUGAACAGGUGUUAGUAGAAGGGAUAUGUAUGUAUGUUGAGAGAAACCAUAAGUAACUCAUUUCCUGACCUCAUAUCUUAAUAUUUGUGUGCGCUAAACUCAACUUGCUGGUGGACUGAAGUUCUUGGGAAGGUGAACAGUAUGGCAGAACAUGUGACCAAAAUGAAUACCAUUUACUUAAAUCACAAGUUUGAUGCAAGUGCAGAUACUAAUUUUAGAACAUCCUGGUUUAACAAGGAUAUAUUCUAAAAUAUUUAAAAACCAAUUUGCUAAAUCUUCAGUUGUUGAUAUAGUUAUGUGUAUAUUUAGACUCUUUAUUUUCAAUAUUCUUGCCUUAAAACUUUCUGCAGAUUUUUUUUCCUGAAUGUUUCUGGAAGAGCAAAAAGCAUUAAUAUUCCAUGAUCAGCUCUAGUGUGUGUCUUUUUACCAUUAAAGUUUUUUCAAAUAAUUUCUAAUGGUUAAUAAAACAUGACAAACAUUACUAAGAACACUCAAAUGUCAUUUUUUAUUUUAUGCAUUUAUAAAGAAUAUAGUUGCAUGCAGAACCAUAGUAUAAUUUUUCAUGUUCAAAAAUGAAUUUCCAGUAUUUCAGUGAGCACAUAAGUAAAGAUGCUUUGCAGUUGAACAAGUUUGAAAGCCAUUGUUGAAUAGUGGAGAGCUUUUGCUCUAGUUUCUUUGUCGGUUAUAGGAUGAUUUAGGUGAAUAAUGUAGUAAAAAAUAAGAUUUGAAUAUGAAUUUUCCAUGAUUCUGUUCCUGUGCAGGUUGGUAGUAGUCAGGGGUGUUUUAUAUUUAAGAAUCAUAAAAAUGUCAAGAAAAUUCAGUUGUGUUUUGACUAAAGGUGAGAGGGAAGGCAAGAAAAUUGGGAAAAUUGGAAAAAUGGGAGGGGUAUGUGGAAAAUAUACAAGUAGAGUUUUGUUUUGAUUUUUAAAUAGAUGAGUAGUUAAAAGUGAGUGCUGUUUUAAAGGCAGGCUUAGUUGAAAUUUAACAAAAGAUGGGAAAACUUAACUCAUUUUUUUUAAUGCCAUUCCUUCCGACUUUGACUUUAUAAUCCACUAAGAAAAGCCUAGUUUCUCUCUAGCAUUCUUCAUAACUGAUUUUCUGGGAGAUUAUUUGUGAGCCAGGGUUAGAGGUCCUAAAAAAAAGCAGUUGCUAAUGUUAUUAGGCUGGGGCUUGAGUCAGGGGAGUUAGCUGCCUGCUCAUUAUUACAACACAUGUCCAUUUUAUCCCUAAGCCAUUAGAAAGGUCUUAUACAUUGUAUACAAACAUUAGAGUGAAGUCCUGACUUUUAAUACAGUGCUUCUCAAACCUGCAUGUAUUUGUUAAAAUGCAGAUUCUGAUUCAGUAGGUAUGUGAUGAGAGCCUAAUAGUUCAUUUCUAAGAAUCCCAGUGUGAUCCAUACAAAUGCUGAUGUCUGUGUACUACAUUUGUGGUCAUAGGUCUAAGAGAUUUCAAGAUCCAAAUUAGCUUUUGAUAACCCGGGCAGAUUUAUAUCCUUAAAAUUAUUGCCACAAAAUAUAACAAUUAGUCUCUCUUUAAGAAACUUUUUCAGAUGUCUGAAUUGAGGAUUCCGACUGGUCUUGAAGGCUUCAUAUUAAAGUUAAAAAAUUUAAAUAAAAUUGUUAAAGGUAGGAUUUUGCCUAAUAUGGGGCCUUUUAAUAUAAAAGUAAGUAUUUUAUGUUACCAAGAAGCUGAUUAAGCAGUUUGGACAAUGUGGAGUCUUAGGAGCAUAUAUGAAUUAUGUUCUGACUUUUUUUGUUGUUAAAGGUAAAUUUUCGUAAUACUAGAGAUGAAUUUAGUCUCUAAAUCAUGCCUUCUAGGUUAUAGGACUUCGUUAUUUUAUUAAUAAACAUUGAAAAUAGGCUAUCCCUGACAAAGGUUAAUUUGGCAGUGAAGUUAGCAGUGCUGUAAUAAGUCAGUUCUGACAAGUGUGCCUUGAUACUCAGUUUACUGAAGACCUGGUGAGUGCUGUGACAGUAUGUGAUUGAAACUUCCUAUUUUGUUGUAAAAUGGAGUUGAAAGAGUUGAGUAGUCUGAUGUUCAAAAAUGAAGGGUUUUUUUGGCAUUCUUUUAAGAUGAUAUUUUCCUUCAUGUUUAUUAAAAGUAAAUAAUUUUAUUAUAAGAACUGCCCUCAUCUAAAGCACUUAAUUAAGGAAAUGUCAGAAGUAAUGGCUUUUAAAAACUGAUUAUCAAAAUUUAUUGAUUGUUCAAUCUGUAAAACACAUCUGGUCUUUGUGGUUUUUCAUGGCCCAGUUAAUAGUAUCUAUUAUAUGCCAGGUUUUGUAUAUUGCUCUUUGAAAGUUCCAUUAAAAUCUGAGUCAUUUUGAUUUGAAGAUCUGUAAAUUAGAUCUGUAGUCUAAUACAAUUAUGAGUGUUCAUUUAGUUCUUGGAAUGGAAUGUUAAAUUUACAGUGUGAUCUUUACCAUUUUUUUUUUCUUUCUGUGCCAAGCCUUUCACCAAAGAGCAGUUAAAACUAAGUGCCAAGCUGUAAAUGCUUACUCCCCUGAAAUAUGCCAUGAGAAUAAAAGUUAACUUCUCCUUACCUGUGAUUAUAAAAAAAGACAGUAUUUUAAAUUGAUGUCACAUGGAAGAAAAGAACCUCCGUAGCUUUUGGUUUUCUACUUGUAAUAGAGGGAACAAUAUCUUUAUGCCACAGUGUACCAUUUUAUAAUUGGAUGAAACUAAGCUUACCAGCAAAUGUACAUGUUGAUUGAGAUUGAUGCAUUGAUAAAUGAUGAAUAGAAGAGAAAGAUCGAUUGAAAUAGCAAUAAAGAAUUAGACCAUUAAGUAUAGAGAAACAGUUACCUUUAUAUUUUGAAAGUAGCUGACAGCCAGUGGUCCCUGAAGUUACUCUAUAUAUAAUACAGUAUCAUAAUAUUUAUUAAUCCCUUGGGUAAUUAUUUAGAAAUAUAUUAUUUAAUACUCCACCUCCCAUCAGUAAAUAAUUCCAACAAAAGACUGACUUCUUAAAUGGAUGAACUGCAUACAAGUAGAAAGCUUACUUUCAAAAUAGUGUCAUGGUACUGAAAAUGGAAUGUAGAAUAAUAGCUGUUUUGAUACUUAAUUGAAUAAUUAACAGGUGUCUGAAGAAUUUUUUAUUUUUAUGGAAUGGAAAUUUUCUAGAAAAAUGGAAUUAAGAGUUGAUUUUUAUAAUAGGAAACAAGACAGCAGUCUUAGCCUGCCACUUCUUUUUACAUUUAAGGAACUAAGAAUGAAUUUUAUGUUUUCUAAAUGGUUGAAAAGGAAAUAUUUUGUGACAAAUUAAAAUGCAUAAAAUUGUUUUGUUGGUAAAUAAGGUUUUUUUGGGACACAGCCGUGCUUAUUUACAUGUUUGGCUGCUUUCCUGCUAUCGUGGCAGAAUUGAGUAGUCUAAAGACUGGGUGGCCUGUAGUAACAAACAUAAUUACAUAUUUACUACUCGCUGACCCUUAAAUUGUGCCAGUCCUUGACAUAUGCAGUAGUUUUGUUCAUAUAUGGCAUGUUGUCAGUUUGGUUACUUCUAGCUGGCAGAAUAGGGUUUUUUAUUUAAUUUCUAUAUCCAUCAUUUAUAUUUUAUCUUUUUUUUUUUUAUCUUAUAAAAUGAGUUGCCUUGUUUUCAUUUAUGUCUUACUGUUGCUCAAAUAUGCAUAUACUAGAAGAUACUAGUAUUUUUUAGGUAUACCUUUUUCUCCUUCUUAAAUUCUUAAAACAUUAUUAUGUGUUUGCCAUGGAUAUUAAGGGACGUGAUAUGUGAAGGAAAGGCAUCUGGCACUAAUAGGUUAAAUCACACCUGUAAAACAAAUUGGGGGUGGGGUGUGGGAGUUUGCUUUCUGUGUUGGUGAGUAAUUGAUUACUUUCAAUCUUAAACACUACCUCUUGUGGAUAGACUUGACUAAUAUGCACUUAGAAGAGGACUGAAAGAAGCCAAAUCAGUCAUUUAUUAGCCCUAUAAUAAUUUUGUUUUCAUCACUUGAUAAAUUCUAAGAGAGCUUAGUUUUACAUUCAAAAAGUAUUUAUAUUUGAUAAGUCGAAUGAUUUAAGUUGAAACUUCACAGAAGUAUGUGUUCAUUCCUUGAUUACCUGUACUAGUAGAUGGAAAAUAAGGGUACAGUCCAUUUUGUUUAAUGUUUAUACAAUGUUUGAAGCAGGUACACCUAGACUAAAGUUGUAUUUUCAGGUUCAUUAUGACUGGUUGAAGGAGAGAGACUCUGUCUGAUCCACAGUAAAACUUUCAUGAUCUAUUGAGAGUUGACUGUUUUCAGUUGCCAAUCGAAACUGGAUAUUGGAACAUUUUUAAAGAAAUGCACUUUAAUCUGAAAUAAAAUUUAAAAAGAAAAAAGUAAA